AAUAAUGGGGUUUCCGGGGCACCAAGGCAGAGCGCUUAAUUGACAAAGAAAUCACCGAAUUCACAGUGUCUACACUGCAAAGCAAAGCAAAGCUCUCCAAAGCAAAUCAAUGGCAGCAGAAUCAACCAAAUCCAGUGGGUCCGCCGAUGCCUACAUUGGCAGCUUCAUAAGCUUGAUUUCCAAAGCCCAAAUCCGCUAUCAAGGCUUUCUCUUUCACCUCAACCCCCAAGAAUCCACCAUCGGCCUCCGAAAUGUAAAAUCUUUUGGAACAGAAGGACGAAGGAAGGAUGGGCAACAUGUUCUUCCAAGUGACAAAAUUUAUGAGUACAUAUUCUUCCGAGGAAGUGACAUCAAGGAUCUGCGGGUUAUAUCUUCACCAUCUGUUCAUAGUACCCCAGUUGUACCAGAUGAUCCUGCUAUUAUACAGCCUCAUUAUCCUCGCUCAACAUCAGCAUCUUCUAGCUUUCCGUGUGAUAGUGCUAUCACUGCAACAAAUAUCAGUUCCCAUGCACAGUUGGGACUCCCCAAUUCAACUUUCCAAGGCAAUCUCACCCUAAACCAACCUGUGGGAAGCUUAGGGUCUUGGGGUUCAUUUCCUCAUCCUCCAACCGUAAAUGAUAAUGGGAUUGCCAUGCCCACUUGUUGGCCAGGACAAGGUGGGGCCUCAGGAGGAGUUUCUCAUUUGCAACAGCAUUCCUUUCUUCAACCCCCACAAGGAUUGUCAGUAGUAUCUCCUCCUAUGAUACAGCAGAUGCAAAAUCUCACCAUGAAUGCAUCUCUACCUUGUGAUGCAUCAAAUUCUGCAGAAUUUUCUCGUCCCUUGUUGCCAGCGGUUUGUAGUAGUUCUCCAAACUCAAGCGUUCCUAUUAAACCAUCUACCACAUUGCCUUCUAACUUAUCAUCUAUUCUGAUGCCAAAUAAAGGCUCUAAUGUUUUUCCUACUGUAGCCUUGGGUUCUAGUUCACCAUUGGCAUCUCCUUUGAUGGCUUUUAGUUUGGAUGUGAAUCCUGUUGUAACUCCAGUCACCAACAAACCUAAAUCAGUUUUUGACCUCGCAUUACCUAAUCAAACUAUUUCUCAAUCUACCCCAUCUAUUGUUGGGUCAUUCACUCCAGAUCCAUGUGAGGCAUCAAUACCAUCUCUGUUGACCCCAGAUCAGCUUUUACAACCUGGGCCUAUGGGACAUUCUUCAUCUCAUUUGCAGAUUGCUCAAAAAGAUAUAGAAGUUGUUCAAGCAUCCACAGCAAAAUUGCUGUCUUCGGAUUCAAAAAAUGCCAAGGAUCCAGUACAGUCAUUACCAUCACCAACUGCCAAAAAGUUGAAUGGAGCAGUUUUUCGCUCUCAUCAUAGUAAUAAACGUCAUGGAAGAGAAAACAAGUUGAGUGGAACUGAUGCACACACUCGUUGCGGUGAGAAGGACCAUGCAAGGGGAAAAGCCAACUGGCUCAAUGGAGCUGCUUUACACAAUCACCACAGUUAUAGAGGCUAUGCAAGGGGAAGAGCAAAGGGGCCAAAUAAACCUGCUGUACACACCCAUCGCAGUGAUGGGGGUCAUGGACGGGGAAGAGGAACUCAGGUUUCUCCGACAAUUAUCAAAUUUACAGAGGAUUUUGAUUUUGAUGCAAUGAAUGCAAAGUUCAACAAGGAGGAAAUAUGGGGUCAUCUCAGGAAAAGCAACAAAAAUAGAAUGGAAGAUGAAGAGGGCAAUGAAAACGACAACAGUGCAAAUGAUGCAGGAGAGGAGGAUGAAGAUGGAUUGCCAAAUUGUGAUGUGAAGAAUGUGUAUGUUAAGGAUGACUUCUUCGAUUCACUUUCUUGCCUUACACUUGAUGGUGGGUCAGGAAGAGGAAGAGGAAGAGGAAGAGCCAAGUUUUCUAAACAAAAGAAAAUAGAUAUUGAGACUUUUGGUGAAGUUCCAAGACAUCAACGUGGUCGUCCAGGCUGGGUUGGGCAGUCCAGAGGCUCUCAUCGUGGAAGAGGAUAUCACUAUGUUGGGAGGGGCUGUGGACAGACUGUUUGGAGUCGUGUGACCUAGGUCGAGCUUUUCUUGCCUCCGACAUUUAUCAUCAUGCGUAGUAUAUAGAAACCCAAGUAUACUUUAUUAGUUUUUAAGUUGGUAAUUAUGGGUAGUAUGAAAAAGAGCAGGUAUCGACCUCCAGAGGACUGCUUGCAAUGCUUUGUGUUGUUGCCAUUGUGAAGAGAAACAAAUAGCAGUAGCAACUGAUCUGGAUAAGCUUGUAUGUAAGAAUUUCAUUUUUGUUACAAUUACUGUUGACUAGUUAAUAGAAUGAUUAGGUCAAAAUUAUGGUGCAAGUGAUGAAUGUAGUUGAAGGACCAGGUGAUUGAAAGAGUAUGCAACCUCUCUCUCUCUCUCUCUCAUAGGCUCUCCGGUGCACUGUGAACUGUGAAACUAUUCAUUUGGUUAGACGCUGCACCGCUAGGCCAUGGUUAUAGAGUGAUUUCCCCGGGCUUCGUAUCAUUUGUUUUGCUCUCUAUCUCAUUUUAUGUGGCGCUGACAUUUUUGAAACUGUGAGCUGUGAAUGGUAGUGUUUUGGUUUGAAACAA